CCGUUCGUAUGAUAUUCAAGAAUAUCGCAGGGCCUACUGGUUAUGCUAAGAGAAAUAUUAUGUCGGGUUGUGUAACUAGUGCCUUCGAAUUGAUAAUUGACAGACACAUAAUGGAACACAUAAAAGAUUGCACUGAAACCGAGGUGCAUCGAGUUUUGAAAAAGGACUGGACAAUCACAGUUGCUGAGUUGCGUAGUUUUCUAGGAAUUCUAUAUGCCCGGGCCGCAUAUGAGGCGAGAUCAUUGAAAGCCUCCGAAAGAUUACAAACAGAUAAAUUUGCGCUGUUAUCCGAAAUAUGGAACAGAUUUAUAAAUAAUAGCCAGGAUUGUUACAAGCCAUAUGAAAAUAUCUCAAUAGAUAAACAAUUAUUUCCAACGAAAGUCCGAUGCAGGUUUACGCAAUAUAUACCAAAUAAGCCUCAUAAAUUUGGCGUUAAGUUUUGGUUAGCAGUUGACGUGCAAACAGAAUAUAUUUCGAAUGGUUUCCCUUAUAUGGGGAAAGAUGAAACUCGAUGCUCAAGGGGAAAAAGGACAAGAUGACAUUGUUUUCCUAAAAUUUAUAUAAAUCAGAAA